AUGGACUCUCCAUCAAGACGUUUGCCAGAUGUUGUGGAGCCUUUGGGGGCAGACCACACAGACCUUUUUUGCCAUGAAUUAGAACAAGAGACUGGACAACUUUUGCUCCUCCAUUUCGGAUCUGAGAACAAUAACGGUAGACGCACUCCUUCUAGACUGGACAGGGAUAAGACGGCUACGCGUGUUUCCCCCACUCAAGAUUUUGGAGGAAAUAUACUUGUUGUGUUAGUCAUGCAAAAACUCUCAUAUCUAUUUGCCAGAUUGGAAGAGGAGCUGAUAGGAGAUGAUUUAGAUUAUGAAUAUGAUCUAGAUGAAGAGGAAGAGGAGGCCCUCUUAGCUGGUGAAGUUUCUUCUCAUGGGGUUGCUGUUGAAGAUAUAAUAGAAUUCAAAGUAGAUGAUGAAUUUGGUGGCGAAGAGGAUGGAGGUCAGAUUACCCAUACUAAAAGCGUACAUAGUAGAUUACAUGGUGGCCCUAACAGACUACAGGCUUCAGGAAGACUACAAGCUCCUAAUACAUUGUAUGAAGAUGAUGACCUACAAAACAGAAGACAAACAGGUAGAUUACAACCGCCCACCUCUGUCUAUGAUGAAGAAGAAAUGCAUCAAAAUAGAUUGCAAUCAUCUGGAAGAUUACAGCCCCCCAACACUGUGUAUGAAGAAGUACAACAGAACAGGUUGCAAUCAUCAGGAAGAUUACAGCCGGCAAACACAGUAUAUGAAGAGGAGGAAAUUCAAGAAACCUAUGAUUCAUCUAUAAGUAAGUUAUAUUGAUUUGAUAUACAAACUUCUUAGUGUCCAUAUAAUUAAUGCUCUUAUUAUGAUGCAAGCAACUGUACCUCUAUUUAGUUAUUUGAAAGGUACUUUAGUUUGUUGCCAUUGUAAGGGCUUUUAAUAGUUAUAACUUGAUGGGGAUGUUGAAACAAAUUGAAGGUUCUAAAUUUAAAACUCAAACUUUACUUAACCUAAUUUAUUUCCUUAAUAGUAUUAGUUGUUUAAGACCUUCAACCUUAAAUAUCCUUAGCUUAGCCUAACUUAAUCCUAUAGUUUUUACCCCUAAUAACUGAAAGAACUUUAAUGCAAUGUAUAACCCAAGUAUUUUCCACAAAUCUUCAACUCAGCAU